CACGGCGACUGAGUUUGGCUGAAGAGGGAGAGCGAGCGCCUCUUCUACGGGUAGCAAGCGCGCAUCAGGGACUUUAUCAUCGUUUUCCCCUCUCCCCUUGAACACAUUUAAUUCCGUAUCCCACAAAGAGAUGAUAAACUGACCGACAAAAUCUUGCUGUCUGAAACGUUACUGUCUGGAAGGUUAGGUCUUCGAAAGUUCGGUGGAGAGGAUGAUGCUGGGGUUAGAGGUCAUCACAUUGUGCUUCCUGUUUGGAGCUGUGGUACAAGCCCAGACCACCCCAGACUGCAGCAAGAAACGUGACUGUGUUUUGGAUGUAUAUUUUGUGAUUGACACGUCUGAGACCAUCGCUCUACAAGAGCAGCCUCCUGGAGCACUGGUCGAGAGCAUCAAGACGUUUGCAGAGCGCUUUGCGUCGCGUCUUGAAAAUGUGGAGUACAAAGGCUUGGUGCAGAUGCGCUGGUCCAUCGGCGGACUGCACUUCUCCCAAACACAGCAGGUGUUCAGCCCCAUCACCUCCAAGGAUACCUUCAUCCAGGCUGUCCGGGGAAUCAGGUACCUGGGUAAGGGCACCCACAUUGACUGUGCCCUCAACAAAAUGACCCAAGAAAUGGUGAACAAUCCAUCCGAGAGCGGCUCUCGGAAAUUUGCCGUCGUCAUCACCGAUGGUCAUGUGACGGGAAACCCCUGCGAGGGGAUCAAGGUGUCAGCUGAAAGGGCACGCGAGGCGGGCAUCAAGAUGUUUGUGGUGGCGGCAUCCAAGAACGUGGAUGAGACGGGCCUGAAGGAGAUCGCCAACACUCCGGCUACCGUUUACAGGAGGGACUUCAUGGCCGUGGACCUGAGCCAGGGCAGGGCGAUCAUACAGGACGCCACCAUCGACCGCAUCAUCCAGACCAUGACCCAUAUGGCAUAUCAGGAGUGUUAUGAGGUGAAGUGCCUGGAGACUCCAGGACCUCCCGGCCCAAAAGGACACAGAGGGCAAAAAGGGGCCAAAGGAGACAAUGGAGACCCUGGCCCUAAGGGUGAUGGUGGGCGACAGGGGGACCCCGGUAUUGAGGGACCCAUCGGUCAACCCGGUGUCAAAGGUGAGGCAGGUCUGAGAGGCGAAAAGGGAGAAAUUGGAUCUGACGGGAAGAAGGGCGAAGGCGGCUUCCCAGGACGCAACGGGACAGAUGGACAGAAGGGAAAAAUUGGACGGAUUGGUUCUCCUGGUUGCAAAGGAGACCCAGGUGACAGGGGUCUUGAUGGUCACCCUGGAAAUGUCGGUGAUCCAGGACUGGGUGGCACAGAGGGAGAGAAGGGAGAUGCGGGUCGCCCAGGAAGAUCAGGCCCACCUGGCUUAACAGGAGAGGGUGGACCGAAGGGAGAGAGAGGGAGUCCUGGCUCACCUGGCUUUCCAGGACAGAAAGGAUCUCCGGGAACUAAUGGAGGACCAGGAUCUAAAGGAGAACCAGGGAGAAGAGGAGACUUCGGACCAAAGGGAACUCAAGGACCAGAUGGAUCUAAAGGAGAACGAGGUGAGGGCGGGCCUGAGGGAAAGAGAGGUCUUCCAGGUGAAGUAGGAAACAAAGGAACCAAGGGGGACAACGGACUGCCAGGGCCAAGAGGCCUACCCGGUUCCCCAGGAGAACCAGGAAGAAAUGGUUCCCGCGGUGACCCAGGGGAUGCUGGACCUGGAGGUGAAGCUGGUGCCCCCGGACCUAAGGGUGACCGAGGAAGAGCUGGUUUCAGUUAUCCUGGACCCAGAGGACCAUCGGGUGACCGAGGAGGAAAGGGUGGCCCUGGCCCCAGAGGAGGGAGAGGAGAUUGUGGACCGAAGGGAGGACCAGGUAUCAAAGGAACUCCAGGAAAAGAAGGUGAUCCGGGAUCACAGGGAGAACCUGGCUCAAGAGGACCUAGAGGAGAGGGAGGAACAGACGGAGAUACCGGCCCUCAGGGAGACCCUGGCCUUACAGAGUGUGAUGUGAUGAACUACGUUAGAGAGACCUGCGGCUGCUGUGAUUGUGAGAAGCGAUGCGGUGCGUUGGACAUUGUGUUUGUAAUUGACAGUUCUGAGUCAGUCGGUCUGACCAACUUCACUCUGGAGAAGAAUUUUGUCAUCAAUACCAUGAACAGACUGGGCUCUAUGGCCAAAGACCCCAAUUCAGAAACAGGUACUAGAGUGGGUGUUGUACAGUACAGUCACAGUGGAACCUUCCAAGCCAUUCGUCUGAACGACUCCAAGAUCGACUCACUGUCUGCCUUCAAGGAUGCGGUGAAGCGUCUGGAGUGGAUCGCUGGUGGGACUUGGACCCCGUCGGCUCUGAAGUACGCCUAUGAUAACCUGAUCAAGGACAGUCGCCGAGCUAAAGCCAACGUCACUGUUGUGGUCAUCACCGAUGGACGCUUUGACCCACGAGACGACGACAAACUGCUCACCUACCUGUGCAGUGAUCCCAGCGUGGAUGUGAAUGCUAUUGGUAUUGGGGACAUGUUUGAGAAGGAGGAAGAGAGCGAGAGUCUGAAGAGUAUCGCCUGCCAGAGAGAAGGCAGGGUGAUGGGAAUGAAACGCUUUGCUGAUCUGGUGGCCGAGGAGUUCAUUGACAGGAUAGAGCAUGUGCUCUGCCCAGAGCCUGUCAUUGUCUGCCCUGACCUUCCCUGUAAAACCGAACCUGCGGUGGCCAGCUGUGUCCAGCGCCCUGUAGACGUGGUGUUCAUGCUGGAUGGUUCUGAAAGGAUGGGUCUGGAGAAUCACAGACGGGCACGCACAUUCAUUGAGAAUGUGGCUCGCCGUCUCACCCUAGCCAAUGACCAAUCAGAUGAGAGGAAUGCACGAUUCGCCCUGCUGCAGUAUGGAAGCCAAUCAGAGCAGAGGGUGGAGUUUGCGCUUACACAUAAUCUGACAGUGAUCGCUGAUUCGCUGGCCGUCAUGACCUACAUGGACUCAUCCUCCACUUUGGGAAGCGCCAUCAUCCACGCUGUCAACAACCUGGUGAUGUCGCAGGGCAGCCGUUUGGCACGUCGUAACGCUGAGCUGUCGUUUGUGUUCAUCACUGAUGGCAUCACUGCCAGCGAAAGCCUGGAUGAGGGUGUUUCUGCCAUGAGGAGGGUAGAGGGAGUUUCCACGGUGAUCGCCAUGGGAACUGACACAGACCAGGAAGUGCUGCAUAAGGUUGCAUUGGGGGACCAUUCGGCCAUCUUCAGAGGGGCAGACUUCACCACCCUGGAAAAACCCAAUUUCUUUGACCGCUUCCUUCGCUGGAUAUGCUAGUGAGCAUCUAAGAAGCUCAAUACCAUAGAAUUAGAAUAAGUAGAACGAAAACAAUACACAAAUUAUUAAGUCCAUGGACAUCCAGGUUAGUGGCAUUGUGGCAAUUACUGCAUGUUUACAGCACUGAGAGAGCCAUAAUUAUGAUCAGACUUAUCAGUAUACCCAACAGUUUAACUAGGGCCAACAGAUAGCACACAAACACCAUAAAUAGAAUAAUUGGAAUAGAAAUGUCUGUUAUAUUUGUUCUAAUUCUAUGGUCAGCACUGCAAACCAAAGACACUCAAAGUAGAAAAGGGGUGUACUGAUACUGAAUGUGUAGAACUUCAAUUGUAGGUGUUCUGUUUUUUGUUUCAUUUUUUUUUUCGUAGACAACUCCCUGUGUGUCUAUAUCACUAAGUCAGUAUUUACACAAAAGGUGCUAAAGUAGACAGACAAUGCUGUCUCCAUGUUUGUCAAACAGUUUAACAUCAAUAAAUGGCUCUUAUUGUUGUUGUCUUUUCUAGACCAGACAAUUUGAACACCAAGUGUCUGAGUUAGUUGCUCUAUACCACACAUGCACACCCUCGCACACACACAUACACACACACACACACAAGUAAAAAAAGUUCAGUGCAUUUGUAAACAUGAAGUAUAAUAAAGCCAACUGUUGUGA